AUGCAGAAGCUUGUUGGCGAGUUUAAAGAUGUGCCGUUAGAAAAGCAGAAGAACCACAAUUACAAAGAAAUGACUUCUUGGUUAAAAGAUUUGGCUGAUCGUUUCCCUCAUAUUACUUAUUUAUAUUCAAUUGGCCAAAGCAUAGAUAAGCGUCAACUUUGGGUACUUGUUGUUGCAAGAAAUCCGAGGGAGCAUGAGAUAUUAAGGCCAGAAUUUAAAUAUGUUGCAAAUAUGCAUGGAAAUGAGGUUACUGGUCGAGAAGCACUUCUUUAUUUGGCUUACAUACUUUGUGAAAAUUAUGGCAGUAAUGAAUAUUUAACGCGUAUGGUCAAUGAAACGCGCAUCCAUCUAAUGGUUAAUUUUAUUAUUCUAAAUCCAAUUUAUUUUUUUAAGCCUUCAAUGAACCCUGAUGGUUAUGAAAUGGAUAGACCUGGUGAUCGUAUUGGAUAUUUGGGCCGUUCAAAUGCAGAUAAUGUUGACUUAAAUCGAAAUUUUCCUGCUCGUUAUCCGAUGCACAAAGAGGCGUCCGGUGGGAUGAAAAUUGAACCAGAGACAAAAGCUGUUAUGCAAUGGAUGACCCAAUAUCCAUUUGUUCUUUCUGCGAAUCUUCAUGGUGGCUCUCUCGUCGCUAAUUACCCGUAUGAUGAUUCGGAUACAGGCGCAGAUGGCAUAUAUACAGCUUCAGCAGACGAUAAACUUUUUGUACAAUUGGCCUUUCAAUAUGCACGUGCUCAUACAAAUAUGUGGUUAUCUGGACGUCGUUGUGGGCUAAAUGAUAAUGGUGAUACUUUCCUUCAUGGAAUUACCAAUGGCGCUGGUUGGUACCAUCUUUCUGGUGGGAUGCAGGACUGGCAGUAUGUGCACACAAAUGCUCUUGAAAUUACUGUUGAAAUGGGCUGUUUCAAAUUUCCAUACGACGAUAUGAUUCCAACUUUGUGGAAGCAACAUCGGUUCUCUUUGCUCUCAUUUAUGGAAUCUGUUCAUAGUGGUGUAAAAGGUGUUGUUCAUGAUGCCACUGGUGAAAGGCCAGUUUCGGGAGCCGAAGUAACAAUUAUAAAAGGAGGAAAAGGAAAAGCUGUGACAACAACACUUAAUGGUGAAUAUUGGCGUCUUUUACCACCUGGAGAAUAUAGCUUGCAAAUUUCACAUAAAAAUUUCAAACCUUACCAAUUCGAUAUAACUGUUGAUUCUGGACCGGCAAAGGUUGUUAAUAUCAGUUUGAAAGGGAUGGAAUGUGAUGGCGAAGAUAUUCCUAAAUUACAACUUUAUAUUCGGGGUAAAGGUCCUCUUAAUUUAUUACUUGUUGGUUUUGACUCUGCCGCAAAAGGAUUACUUACGCGUUUGGUCAAUCAUUCUUGUCCUAUGGAUGAAAAGAAACGAUCAAAAUUGGCUUACAUGCUUCUUGAAAAUGUUCGUCUUCAUAUUGUUACAGAAUAUAGCCAAGCUGAUCAACUCUUGCAAUAUAUGCGGAAUAUAAAUGCUGAUUCCCUUCUUAUUUUUAGUGCCGGCCCUGCUCAUUCGACAAUAUUUAAUGCCGGAGAGAAUACACCAAGACUGUUUAAUCAAGAUAAAUUUGAUCAAAGCUUGAAAGAAGUAUUUUCUUCACAAGAACAGUUCUCUGAUAUGGAUUCAAAAGCAGCAAAUUCAUUUAGCCCAAUAAAUUCACGAAAGAAGGUUCUUCGACCGAAUUGUGAAGAUCGUUUAGGUCAAACCAAAACGGCGUCAAUUAUUGAUGAAAUGAGACUUGGGCGAAUUUUUGAAUUGGGUAUUGGAAUUGGAUGUGAUUUUGGGAACUUUUCCUCAAAAGAAGAUAUUAUGACUACUGGAAAAAUGGAUGCAGCAUUGGAUGCUAUUAUAGAGGUGAUGCUGAAUAUUUCGAAACAAGACAAGGUACUUGAAUUUUCUGUUGUUCCUUCCAUUGCCCCAACUGAUCAUUUCACUCCUGCUGAAGUUCAGACGGUAACACAUUAUGGCUACGAUCGUCUUGAUCAAUCAUCAUCUUGCUCCGCCAAACUAAUUGAAAUGGAUGGUGUGAAGCUUCGAUCUUUGGGUUCACACAAUGGGCCACAUACAUUGAUUUUAUCUGUAGAAAUGAAGACAGAAGCGUUGGUUUAUCAUCUUGGGGCCAGACUUUGUGGACAAGGACCUGUUGAAGGGUUAACAACUACACCUACCAUUAUAGACGAGGAGAUGAGACAAGUACAGCGUAUUUUGGAGUAUUCAACCAUUGUUUUGGCACCAGAUAUCCCACAUACACAAUUGAAUUGCCAUGACUAUCUGACCAUUUCUCCGUUUAUUUCAUUGAUUACGCAAAUUAUCAACUUGGUACCUGAAAUUGAUUUUGUUAUCGUGUUAGGAACGGGUGGAAUUAAAAUUCGAUUUAUUGACGUGCGCAGGCCAGGAACUGACAUUGGAAUGACAAAUAAUGGCACGCUUAUUAUGUCACAACCUCCUUCAGCUGAACUCGACGAGAAUGACCAAAUUAAAUUGCCUGAUCUACCAAAAGGGAAUUGGACAUCUACGCCGCAGGCACUUGCACAGCUCUACAUUGAAGGACACGAACAGAUGCGGCAGAAUAAAAGGGAUAUGUGUGCAACUAAUCGCCCAUCCACUCCAGUGCUCGAUGAAUUCCAUUGGGCAACAGGGCGGGACAAAUGGACAUCAGCACCAGAUGCUUUGCUUGUUCAAGUUGGUUGUUGCUAUGAAGGCCAAGGAAUAAGCCAUCUUUUUGAAGAGAAUCGUCGUUCUCUCUUCUCAAUAUUAGAACGACGUUUGCAAGGUGUUUCAGGUGUUAUUAGGGAAAUGAGUGGCGAUCGUCUUUCUGGUGUGAAUGUCUCUGUUUGGCCGAUUCAAAAGGACCACAACAUAAUUUUGGAAACUACAAAGACUACAAAAACAACAAAGAAUGGACAUUAUAAUUUGGCUUUGGAGCCAGGAACAUAUCGAGCAAUGAUUAUGGCUGAUGGUUAUGAUCCAAUGAGUAGUACUUUUACUGUUUCAUUUGGACAAUCGACGGUUAAACAUUAUGCUUUACACCGACCAUUUACAAUGAGUUUUGAACGCAGUAUAGUUGCCGCAUUGAUUGCAUUAACAAUGCUUUCAAUAUCAUUUUGUUGUUUAUGUCGAUCCAUGAGACGUUCGAAAACAAAAAAAUCUUUGACAGCUACGCAGGUUAAAGUGAAUGAAAGGAGAAAAGAUGGAUUUGAACGUGUGCCUCUUCGGGAUUACCAUUCCGAAAAUGACUCUGACGAUUCUGAUGAGGAGGAGGUUCUAGAUACACGAAGAAUGGCUAUGCCUGUUUGA